GCUCCUAGUAAUCGAAUCUCUUGAUAUAUCUUUGAAUUGGCGUCGUAGCUCGAGUGCGCGAGAUGAUAUCCGAUUCUUUCGAUCUCCAGCUUCCCUCUACUCCUGUGCUUCCCAUCGAGAUUCUCGAACAUCUCCUUGAUCACUACGGCGACAUGCUUAUACUGUAUCACCAUGAUCCUGGCGGAGUAGGCGAUAAGUUUGGGCUCUACAAAACUCUGCGAAGCUGGGCUCUAACCUGUAAGGCUCUACUACCGCGAUGUAGAUACAAUCUAUAUCGAUCGGUGAUGUUGUGGGGAAAGCAGCACGAAAAAUUCCUCCGAACCCUCGAGAAUAAUCCCUAUCUGGCUAGUUACAUUCGCGCGCUCCACCUGUUCGGCGAUAUCUUAUCUCGUCCACCUUCAAUACUCAUAUACCUCGCAGGAAAGCUACCCAAUGUUCGUGUCCUACAGCUAAUCAUAUGUCCCGAGAUCUUCACCCACCAAUACCUACAUAAGGCCCUGUCCUCUUUUUCCACAAUCACGAUGUUGAUCCUUCUUGUACGUCUCGGUAUUUUCGACAUACAGAGACUUCUUCACACGUUAUCCAAUCUGCAAUAUCUCGAACUCCUGGAGCCGCCCAUAAUCUUGCCUGGCAGCAACCCUCACUGCAGGAUAUGCUGCCCACCCCGCUGUCGUUUGACGUCGUUCGUCGCUAGUCUCAGAUUUGAGACAACCCUUAUCAGGACCAGCAUGGGGGACCGCACAAUUGUCAAGCCACCCAAUCCUGAUUGGUUCGCACUCUAUCGGGCUUUGCUGCGGACACCGGAGUUCAUCUCCACUAUGAAACGAUUUUAUAUUGAGGUCAUAAGUUGGGAAGGUCGGACUGAAACAAAUGCAAGUAUAACAUCAUCGCUGCUUGCUGCUGCCGGUGCUUCACUGGAGGAGGCCUUCAUCUAUUUUCAGGAACUUGACUCGAAGAAAACAUGGUUAACGCACCUUAUCAGCCUCCGCGAUAACACUAAUCUUCGACGCCUUGGACUGUUUCUAGACAGCACGUUCGAUGAAGAGGUCACUGGGCUCGUGCCUCUUCUAUCCACUAUUUCAUCGUCUGUCCUGCAGGAGAUUGUGCUUUUCGGGUGGGACGGAUUCAAGCAAGUCCAGAGUUCCACCUGGACAUUGCUAGAUGAGGCACUUUGCGACAGUCGGUUUGAUGCUCUUACCUCUAUCCAUGUGAUAGAGGACGUAGAAGAUCAAAACCCUGUUCCAGCUGUUGAAAGGUUGCCCCGUUGUGCUUCACGAGGUCUUAUUUCGAGUUCUUACAUAUCGAGCGCGACUGGUUCCUUCAGUCAUAGAUGGGUCAACUGGGCACCAGAAUACGAGCGGAUGUUGUUUGAAGUCUGAUUGAAUCGCUAUGGUUUGGUAUGCAUUCUAUUACUACUCGUUCCGAACGGAGGGGCAAGAAUUUAGCAGAAUUUAGCUUGUCAUUUUCAUCAAAAUACAUGCCAGUUGCUCACCUUUCGAUCAGUAAAUGGACGAACUUACCCAAUUGAUCAUUCUUUUCUUCGUGACCGUCAAGUCCAGAUCGGCGUCAAUGCGAUGUUUAAACUUUGGGUUAAAUGGAAGCCUAAGCUGCAUAUGGAGCCUACAGUAAUGAAUCUAUCGAGAAGCCCACAAUACCUUGAACGCUUUUGCUUCAGAAUCUUUAGUAUAGCCCGCGGCCUGAGCUCUUUCUUCCGAUUACACUGCUCGUCUGUGAUAUUGGACUAUUGCAACGCUUGUAAUGCCAAACCCUCCUCUCCCC